GGGCGGCGCUGCGCUGCGCCGCGCUGCGCUCCAGCCCGGACCGGGCCGGGGCCGCUGGAUGCCGCGUCUCCGCUUCUGCUGCCUGCCGGGCGGGCUCCGGCGGCCGGUCUCCAGAGCAGCAGAGCUGUUCUUGUUCCUUCAAACCAGAGGUCUGUCUCCAGCCGGACACUCCUGACCUGAAGUGGAUGCCACAGACUGGAACUAGAUCAUCCAUGUGAGCUGGGUCCUGUUGGUGGCUCUGGGCCCCAGGCCUUGUCCCAGGCCACUCCUGAGUGUGCAGCAAGGUGGGGCGCAAGGGCCCUGUACUAAGCACCUGUGAUCCCCUGGGGGUGCUGCCCCCUGCCCAAGCAGUACCCCACCAUGUUUAACCUCAUGAAGAAAGACAAGGACAAAGAUGGUGGGCGGAAAGAGAAGAAGGAGAAGAAGGAGAAGAAGGAGCGGAUGUCGGCAGCGGAGCUGCGGAGUCUGGAGGAGAUGAGCCUGCGGCGCGGCUUCUUCAAUCUGAACCGCUCCUCAAAGCGCGAAUCCAAGACACGCCUGGAAAUCUCCAACCCCAUCCCCAUCAAGGUGGCCAGCAGCUCCGACCUGCACCUGACUGACAUUGACUCCGACAGCAACAGGGGCAGCGUCAUCCUGGACUCGGGCCACCUGAGUACCGCCAGCUCCAGCGAUGACCUCAAGGGUGAGGAGGGCAGCUUCCGCGGCUCCGUGCUGCAGCGGGCCGCCAAGUUUGGCUCCCUGGCCAAGCAGAACUCCCAGAUGAUUGUCAAACGCUUCUCUUUCUCCCAGCGGAGCCGGGAUGAGAGCGCCUCUGAAACCUCCACCCCUUCUGAGCACUCUGCAGCCCCCUCCCCACAGGUGGAGGUGAGGACUCUGGAGGGACAGCUGGCACAGCAUCCUGGUUCAGGCAUCCCGAGGCCUGGACCCCGGUCCCGAGGCCCUGAGCUUGUGACUAAGAGGUUCCCUGCUGACCUGCGCUUGCCCCCCGUGGCACACCUGCCACCACCUGCCCUCCGGGAGCUGGAGCUGCAAAGGAGGCCCACUGGUGACUUUGGCUUCUCCCUGCGACGCACCACCAUGCUGGAUCGGGGCCCCGAGGGCCAGGUCUACCGAAGGGUGGUACACUUUGCUGAGCCAGGCGCGGGCACCAAGGACCUGGCCCUGGGGUUGGUGCCGGGUGAUCGUCUGGUGGAGAUUAAUGGGCACAACGUGGAGAGCAAGUCCAGGGAUGAGAUCGUGGAGAUGAUCCGGCAGUCUGGGGACAGCGUGCGGCUCAAGGUGCAACCCAUUCCAGAGCUCAGCGAGCUGAGCCGGAGCUGGCUGCGGAGUGGUGAAGGACCCCGCAGGGAGCUGGCCAAUGUUAAAGAGGAAGACAAAACUCUGCUGAAGCCUGGCCCUCCUGGCAAGGAGGAAGGGGCUCCAGAGGGCAGCUCAAAGGACAGCAGUGGCCCAUCUAGGAGUCCUCAGCCUCCCACCAGCCCUGUACCCUCAGAGACCUCCCAGAGAGCCAAGAGCCCUGCACCCACACUCGCCAUGAAUGGCCCAGAGGCUGCCUCAGCAGAAAGCCCAAGUGAGGAGGCCCAAGGCCUGUCCCGGAAGAGAGUGGCAAAUGCAGUUAGGAAGGUGGUGAGCAAGGUGCUGCCUGGCGAGGAGCCUGGGAGUGCCAAGGAGCCUUCAAGCAGAGGGGUCAGAUCCCCUGAGCACCCAGCUAGAGGCAAGAGGGGAGAAAAGGCAGUGCCUGGACCCAAGCCACCACCUCCUCCGCCUCCCCCUGCCCCACCUAAGCCUGAAUCAAAGAAGGAGGCAGCCAAAGAUGAGCUCUCUGUGGGACUGCGGAGCCUGAUGUCUCGGGGCAGGAGCAAGGACCACAAGGCCCGUGGCAGGCAGUCUCCUGGGAAGGGAGAGAAGCCCUCCAGCCAGGAGCCAGGCCCCUCAGGGAAGCCAGGCUCCCCAGCCAAGCCUGAAACCCCAGAGAAGCAGUGUUCCCCGGCCCCACCGGAAGAGCUGGCAGCCCCAGGUUCUGCUGGCCUGAAGUCAACCCUCACUGGAUUACAGCAGCCCAAGUCACCAGCCUCUGACGUGCAGCAGGAGGCAGGAGCCAUUCCUGAGGUCCGGCUGACCCCUGCAGAGGAGGCCCAGCAGCGGCUCGAGAGGAUCUUCACAGCUUCUCUGGACCCUGAGGCCACCUCUCCUGCCCACAGCCAGGUAGGGUGCUCCUGUCCCCCUCUGGAGCCCUCCGCUUCCUCUGGUGACUACCCUCCACGCCUGGCCUAUACCUGGGCUGGCGUCUGUGCUCGGGCCUCGUGCUGGAGUGUGAAGACAGAAGAACAGAUUGCAGCUGAGGAGGCCUGGUAUGAGACAGAGAAGGUGUGGCUGGUCCAUAAGGAUGGCUUCUCACUGGGCAGUCAGCUCAAAUCCGAGGAGCUCAGCUUGCCAGAAGGGAAGGUGCGUGUGAAGCUAGACCAUGAUGGCGCCAUCUUGGAUGUGGAUGAGGAUGAUGUGGAGAAGGCUAAUGCUCCCUCCUGCGACCGUCUAGAAGAUCUGGCUUCGCUGGUAUACCUCAACGAGUCCAGUGUCCUUCACACACUGCGCCAGCGCUAUGGUGCUAGCCUGCUACACACGUACGCUGGCCCCAGCCUGCUCGUCCUCAGCCCCCGUGGGGCCCCUGCUGUGUACUCUGAGAAGGUGAUGCACAUGUUCAAGGGGUGUCGGCGGGAGGACAUGGCACCCCACAUCUAUGCCGUGGCCCAGACCGCAUACAGGGCAAUGCUGAUGAGCCGCCAGGACCAGUCUGUCAUCCUCCUGGGCAGCAGCGGCAGUGGCAAGACCACCAGCUGCCAGCAUCUGGUGCAGUACCUGGCUACCAUCGCAGGCACCAGUGGGAACAAGGUGUUUUCUGUUGAGAAGUGGCAGGCUCUGUACAGCCUUCUGGAAGCCUUUGGGAACAGCCCCACCAUCAUGAAUGGCAACGCCACCCGCUUCUCCCAGAUUCUCUCCCUGGACUUUGACCAAGCCGGCCAGGUGGCCUCAGCCUCCAUCCAGACAAUGCUUCUGGAGAAGCUGCGCGUGGCUCGACGCCCAGCCAGUGAGGCCACGUUCAAUGUCUUCUACUACCUGCUGGCCUGUGCGGAUGGCACGCUCAGGACAGAGCUCCACUUGAACCACUUGGCAGAGAACAAUGUGUUUGGGAUUGUGCCACUGGCCAAGCCUGAGGAGAAGCAGAAGGCAGCUCAGCAGUUCAGUAAGCUCCAGACCGCCAUGAAGGUGUUGGGCAUCUCCCCAGAUGAACAGAAAGCCUGCUGGCUCAUCCUGGCUGCCAUCUACCACUUAGGGGCUGCAGGUGCCACCAAAGAGGCCCCUGAGGAGCAAGCGGAAGCUGCUGAAGCUGGACGCAAGCAGUUUGCCCGCCACGAGUGGGCCCAGAAGGCCGCGUACCUGUUGGGCUGCAGCCUGGAAGAGUUGUCCUCAGCCAUUUUCAAGCAUCAGCACAAGGGUUGCACCCUGCAGCGCUCCACCUCCUUCCGCCAGGGCCCUGAGGAGAGCAGCCUGGGAGAUGGCACAGGCCCCAAACUGACUGCGCUGGAGUGCUUAGAGGGCAUGGCGUCUGGCCUCUACAGUGAGCUCUUCACCCUUCUCGUCUCCCUGGUGAACAGGGCUCUCAAGUCCAGCCAGCACUCACUCUGCUCUAUGAUGAUUGUGGACACUCCGGGCUUCCAGAACCCUGAACAGGGUGGGUCGGCCCGCGGAGCCUCCUUUGAGGAGCUGUGCCACAACUACGCCCAGGACCGGCUGCAGAGACUCUUCCACGAGCGCACCUUUGUGCAGGAGUUAGAAAGAUACAAGGAGGAGAACAUUGAGCUGGCGUUUGACGACUUGGAGCCAGCCACGGAUGAUUCUGUGGCAGCUGUGGACCAAGCCUCCCAUCAGUCCCUGGUCCGCUCACUGGCACGCACCGAUGAGGCAAGGGGCCUACUAUGGCUAUUGGAAGAGGAGGCACUAGUGCCAGGGGCCACUGAGGAUGCCCUCCUGGAGCGCCUUUUCUCCUACUAUGGCCCUCAGGAAGGUGACAAAAAAGGCCAAAGACCCCUCCUACGCAGCAGCAAACCACACCAUUUUCUCCUGGGCCACAGUCACGGCACCAACUGGGUUGAGUACAAUGUAUCUGGCUGGCUGAGCUACACCAAACAGAACCCGGCCACCCAGAAUGCCCCCCGGCUCCUGCAGGACUCCCAGAAGAAAAUCAUUAGCAACCUGUUUCUGGGCCGGGCAGGCGGCACCACAGUGCUGUCAGGCUCCAUCGCAGGCUUGGAGGGUGGCUCACAGCUGGCGCUGCGCCGGGCCACCAGCAUGCGGAAGACCUUCACCACGGGCAUGGCGGCUGUCAAGAAGAAGUCACUGUGCAUCCAAAUUAAGCUGCAGGUGGACGCCCUCAUUGACACCAUCAAGAAGUCAAAGCUGCACUUCGUGCACUGCUUCCUGCCUGUAGCAGAGGGCUGGGCCGGGGAGCCCCGGUCUGCAUCCUCCCGCCGAGUCAGCAGCAGCAGUGAGCUGGACCUGCCCUCAGGAGACCACUGUGAGGCUGGGCUCCUGCAGCUGGACGUGCCUCUACUGCGUGCCCAGCUCCGUGGCUCUCGCCUGCUUGAUGCCAUGCGCAUGUACCGCCAAGGUUACCCAGACCACAUGGUGUUUUCCGAGUUCCGUCGCCGCUUCGACGUCCUGGCCCCACACCUGACCAAGAAGCAUGGGCGCAACUACAUUGUGAUGGAUGAAAGGCGGGCAGUGGAGGAGCUGCUGGAGUCCUUGGAUCUGGAGAAGAGCAGCUGCUGCAUGGGCCUGAGCCGGGUGUUCUUCCGGGCCGGCACAUUGGCCCGGCUAGAGGAGCAGCGGGAUGAACAAACCAGCAGGAACCUAACCCUGUUCCAGGCAGCCUGCAGAGGCUACCUGGCCCGCCAGCACUUCAAGAAGAAAAAGAUCCAGGACCUGGCCAUUCGCUGUGUGCAGAAGAACAUCAAAAAGAACAAAGGGGUGAAGGACUGGGCCUGGUGGAAACUCUUUACCACCGUGCGGCCCCUCAUCGAGGUACAGCUGUCUGAGGAGCAGAUCCGGAGCAAAGACGAGGAGAUCCAGCAGCUACGGAGCAAGCUUGAGAAGGUGGAGAAGGAGCGGAACGAGCUUCGCCUCAGCAAUGACCGGCUGGAAACCCGGAUCUCAGAGCUGACAUCGGAGCUGACUGAUGAACGUAACACGGGAGAGUCCGCCUCCCAGCUGCUGGACGCAGAGGCCGCGGAGAGGCUCCGAGCCGAGAAGGAGAUGAAAGAGCUGCAGACCCAGUACGAUGCACUGAAGAAGCAGAUGGAGGUGAUGGAGAUGGAGGUGAUGGAGGCCCGCCUCAUCCGGGCAGCUGAGAUCAACGGGGAGGUGGAUGAUGAUGACACAGGUGGUGAGUGGCGCCUGAAGUACGAGCGAGCCAUGCGGGAGGUGGACUUCACCAAGAAGCGGCUCCAGCAGGAGUUUGAAGACAAGCUGGAGGUGGAGCAGCAGAACAAGAGGCAGCUGGAGAGGCGGCUUGGGGACCUGCAGGCAGACAUCGAUGAGAGCCAGCGGGCCCUGCAGCAGCUCAAGAAGAAAUGCCAGCGGCUAACGGCAGAGCUGCAGGACACCAAGCUGCACCUGGAGGGCCAGCAGGUCCGCAACCACGAGCUGGAGAAGAAGCAGAGGAGGUUUGACAGCGAGCUCUCACAGGCGCAUGAGGAGGCCCAACGGGAGAAGCUGCAGCGGGAGAAGCUGCAGCGGGAGAAGGACACGCUCCUUGCUGAGGCCUUCAGCCUGAAGCAGCAACUGGAAGAAAAAGACAUGGACAUUGCCGGAUUCACCCAGAAGGUUGUCUCGCUGGAGGCUGAGCUCCAAGACAUUUCUUCCCAAGAGUCUAAGGAUGAGGCCUCUCUAGCCAAGGUCAAGAAACAGCUUCGAGACCUGGAGGCCAAAGUGAAGGAUCAGGAAGAGGAGCUGGAUGAGCAGGCGGGGACCAUUCAGAUGCUGGAGCAGGCCAAGCUACGUCUAGAGAUGGAGAUGGAGAGGAUGAGGCAGACCCAUUCCAAGGAGGUGGAAAGUCGGGAUGAGGAGGUGGAGGAGGCUCGGCAGUCAUGUCAGAAGAAGUUGAAACAAAUGGAAGUGCAGCUUGAGGAGGAGUACGAGGAUAAGCAGAAGGUGCUGCGAGAGAAGCGGGAACUGGAAAGCAAACUUACCACGCUGAGCGAACAGGUGAGCCAGCGGGACCUGGAGUCUGAGAAGCGGCUCCGGAAAGACCUGAAGCGUACCAAGGCCCUGCUGGCAGACGCCCAGAUCAUGCUGGAUCACCUGAAGAACAAUGCACCCAGCAAGAGGGAGAUCGCCCAGCUGAAGAACCAGCUGGAGGAGUCAGAGUUCACCUGUGCAGCAGCCGUGAAAGCACGGAAAGCAAUGGAGGUGGAGAUGGAAGACCUGCACCUGCAGAUUGAUGACAUUGCCAAAGCCAAGACAGCGCUGGAGGAGCAGCUGAGCCGUCUUCAGCGUGAGAAGAAUGAGAUCCAAAGCCGGCUGGAAGAGGAUCAGGAGGACAUGAAUGAGCUGAUGAAGAAGCACAAGGCAGCUGUGGCUCAGGCCUCGCGGGACUUAGCGCAGAUGAAUGAUCUCCAGGCUCAGCUAGAAGAAGCCAAUAAGGAGAAGCAAGAGCUGCAGGAGAAGCUCCAAGCCCUCCAGAGCCAAGUGGAGUUCCUGGAGCAGUCCAUGGUGGACAAGUCCCUGGUGAGCAGGCAGGAAGCUAAGAUCCGGGAGCUGGAGACCCGCCUGGAGUUCGAAAGGACCCAAGUGAAGAGGCUGGAGAGCCUGGCCAGCCGGCUCAAGGAAAACAUGGAGAAGCUGACGGAGGAGCGGGAUCAGCGCACUGCAGCUGAGAACCGGGAGAAGGAGCAGAACAAGAGGCUACAGCGGCAGCUUCGGGACACCAAGGAGGAGAUGGGCGAGCUUGCCAGGAAGGAGGCUGAGGCAAGCCGCAAGAAGCAUGAACUGGAGAUGGAUCUGGAAAGCCUGGAGGCUGCUAACCAGAGCCUACAGGCCGAUCUAAAACUGGCAUUCAAGCGCAUUGGGGACCUGCAGGCUGCCAUCGAGGAUGAAAUGGAGAGCGAUGAGAAUGAGGACCUCAUCACCAGUUUGCAGGACAUGGUGACAAAGUAUCAGAAAAGAAAGAAUAAACCCGAGGGGGACUCAGAUGUGGACUCAGAGCUGGAGGACCGCGUCGACGGAGUCAAGUCAUGGUUGUCCAAAAACAAGGGGCCUUCCAAGGCAGCUUCCGAUGAUGGCAGCUUAAAGAGUUCCAGGACGGCCCUCAACACCUCUGGGAAAGAGGGCAAGGGGGUGGAGGAGAGGCCGGCCUCAGCACUGAGCUCCCUGAGCUACCGGAAACGGCUCACCCUGAAGGACUCCAUCGGGGGCACCGGGGACGAGGACUCGCUCUUCACCACCCUGAGCGAGCGGGCGGCCUCCCCCGAGAGGCCCCCCCGGAAGACCUGCCCGGGGCCCAGGGAUGAGCUGGAUGAACGCGGCUCCACCCUCUCCGAGGCCCCCAGCCGCCGCACUGGCCGGGGGCUGGAGAAGAGGUGGGGCUCAGACUUUGACCGGGCCUCCACCGUCUCUGCCCCCACCAGCCGGGCCUCUUCGGCCACCCGGCGUGGCUCCCGGGGCUCUGGUGAGGACGGGGCCCGCUCCUCCAUGAGCUUCUCGCUCUCGGGCUCCCCCAGUUCCCGGCGCAGCACCUCCCGGCUUGAUACCCUGUCCGUGUCCAGGACCCUCAGCCCCUCCUUGAGCCGGGCCUCAGGCCUAGGCCGGGACAGCCCUGAUUCCCACCUGUCCCUGGGCCAGAGCUGCCUGGAUGCGUGGGAUGACACGGCCAGCGUGGCCUUGAGCGAGGCCCACUCCCAGUACAGCCACCCGUCACUGGCCCGCAGUCUGUCGGUGCCUCCGCGGCCCCGCAUCUCAGCCUCUGUCACCGAUGAGCCUCUAGGCUCUGGCAUCCGCCCUGCCAGCCGUCGCUCCUACCUGGACCCAGACCUGGAGGCCGCCAUCAACGAAGUCUUGAGCUACAAACCCGUCCCGUUCCAGAGGAGCAGCCUGGAGCCCGACUCUGAGGAGGACGACCGCAAGAGCAUCCAAAGCGUCCGCAGCGUCCAGCUGGACCUCCCAGCGCAGGCCACCAGCAUCCGCCGCUCGGCCUCUGCCGCUGACGUGUCCCGGGCCCAGGGCGGCCGCAAGGGCCGCAGCAGGAGGAGGAGCAGCUCCAGCUCCAGCUCCAGCUCCGAGGAUUCCUCGGAGCACAAGCGGCGGAAGAAGGGGCGCUCUCGAAAGAGCAAGAAGAAGUCCAAAUCGAGAAGAAAGAGAACAGAGACAGAGUCAGAGUCCUCAUCAACAUCCAGUGGCUCUACCGUGUCAGGCCACAGCCGCUCAAGCGUGAAGAAGGGCCCAGCUGUGGAAGAGGAGGAGGCCGGGCAGGCACGCCGGCAAUCUCGGAAGGAGGAGAAGAAGCGCAAGAAGGAGGUGGACAGCCUGAUGAUGCGGUACCUGUACCGACCUGAGAGCGACUAGUGCACCCUACCAGCUACUGGAAGUCCCUUGCCCCUGACCGGUCAGAUGAUGAGCACGACCCUCUGGACAGCACCUCCAGGCUGCGAUACUCCCAUAACUAUCUGAGUGACAGCGACACAGAGGCCAAACCAACAGAGACC